UCAUGAAAUAUCGUUUAUUUUUACGUUGCCCGUGGUCGGUACAGGUUCUAAAGUUGUAAUCAUUGAUUUUAUUUUUUUGAAAGAAAAAAUGUUGACUCAUACGAACGUCUAGCAAAUACUUAAAUUGGUGCUGUGUAUCAUAUUGUAAACAUUAAUACAAAUAUUUAGUGAGUAGUGAUAAAAUUAUUUAAAAAUGAUUAACGAAGACAUCCAAUAUGAAGUUCAAGUAACAAAUGCGUACAAGAACUAUGGAAAAAAGAACGUAUUUAAUGGUUUGAAUAUGAAUGUUACAUCAGGUUCAAUCUAUGGUCUCUUAGGUCCGAGCGGUUGUGGCAAAUCGACACUUCUUCAGUGUAUAUUAGGAACAAUGUCUUUGGAUUCUGGUACUAUUGAUUUAAAAAUAAAUAGAUUGAAGGAAGUUGGAUACAUGCCACAAGACUUAUGUUUGGAAGAAGUAUUGACAAUAAAUGAAACGUUUGAAUACUACGGAACAUUGUAUAACAUGAAUAAGAAAAGUAUAGAAAUCAGAAAAAGUGAACUUUACACAUUUCUGCAAUUACCAAACCUGGAUAAUUACAUUAAAUAUUUAAGUGGUGGGCAGAGCAGAAGAGUAUCAAUGGCUAUUUCGUUAUUGCAUGAUCCAACAUUGAUUAUCUUGGAUGAACCAACAGUCGGAAUUGAUCCUGUACUGAGAAACGAUAUUUGGACUGAGUUCACAAAGAUGGUUGUUCAACAUAAAAAAACCAUUAUAAUAACUACUCAUUAUAUCGAAGAAGCUAAUCAGGCUAACUGUAUUGGCCUGAUGAGAAAUGGAGUUAUUAUAGAUGAAGGAUCACCUCAAGAUAUUCUCUCCAAAAGUAAUACAGAUUCAUUGGAAUCAGCUUUUUUAGAAUUAUGCUGCAAUCAAGACAAAAAUGAAAAUUAUACCGCUAAAGAUGUUCCGGCAAAAAAAGUAUCACAGACGAAAAAGUUAACGCAACUAGAAAAAAACUUUGAUUUUCAAAGGCUAAAAGCUUUGUUUAAAAAAAAUUUCCAAGUAUGCUCUAGAGAUUACGUGUUAGUGUUUACCUUAAUUAUACUUCCCCUAUUGCAAGCCUUUAAUUUUUGUUUUGGAGUUGGAGUAGACUUCAAAAAUAUGCCAAUAACAUUUAAAAACGAUGAAGUUAAUUAUGAAUCCUGUCAAAAUUAUAGUACUAAAGGAUGUAUUUUAGACGAAAGUUCCAAUGAAACAAUGAGCUGUGUUGUACUGGACUACUUUGCAUCACACAAUUACAAAUUAAUUGAAGUGAAAGAUCGGGAAGCUGGUGAAAUGACUAUGAAUAAUCCCGGAAAUAUGGCGUUUAUCUACUUUCAAAAAAACUACACAAAAGAUUUAAUUAAAUAUAUAGGCCGAGAAGAAGACUUAGCAGAGUCUAGUACUUAUAUUCAUUUAACUAAUGAAAAUUUUUUGUUUAAAAAUCAAAUUAGGAUGGAUGUUUUUAAAUCGUUUAAUCAUUUAAUAAAUACAACUUUAAAUAAGUGUAACAACAAUCCGAGAACAAUAAACGUGCCCAUGGAAUUUCAUACUAUUCUUGGAAACGAUGUUAAGACAUAUGGAAAUGGAAUAAUUGCAAUAUUUAUAGCGAUGUCGGAAUUUUAUUUCCCCAGCAUGUUUGGAUUGAGCGUAAUGUCAGCGGAAAAAACGGACGGAGUCCUUAGCCGGUCGAUGUUCGCAGGUGUCAAACUGGUCGAACUUUUGACUUCGCUGUUUUGCAUGUGUACAGUAAUAAUUUCGAUGGAAAUUGUCGUAACUUGCUUCGUUGCGUACUCUGUGUUUUUUAAUCCAAUAAUAGUAUCAUCGGGAUUGUUUCUGUACGUAUUCGUAUUGAUGAUUUCCGGAUGGAUGGGCUUUUUCUUUGGUGUUCUUACUGCUGUGCUGUCGACGACGAAAGUGGGUGGUAUGUACGCGAUAACCGGAUUGUCGCUGUCUCAGUUUUUACUGUCAGGAGCAGUAUGGCCUGUGGAAGGACAACCAGAAUUCUUGAGGUUAUUUUCUCAAUUUAUUCCUAUGCGAUUAUUAGGAAACACGAUGAACAACGUUGCAUUAAAAGGAUGGUCGCUGAGCCACCCAUCGAUCAUUAUGGGGAUCUCAACAACGCUUGUUUAUACUAUACUAUUAGUAUUGCUUUUAAUUAUUUUAGGAAAAUAUAAAAAACAAUGGUGGGUCAUACAGAAGUGAAUAUUAUUGUCUGUAAAUUAUACAAUUGUAGUUUAGGGUAAAAUAUUAGUUAAUUUGGUACCUUUAUUUAAUAAGACUACUUAUUAUAUACAGUUGUUACCAAUACUACUUGUACACCUUCAAAGUAGUUAUACUUUGCUGCGAUAUAAUUAACUUAAUUUUGUCUUUUAUUUGGUUUAACUACGGGUAUUGGUAAAAUAUGUGACUGAUUAAUUCAUUGAGAAUAUUCUAAUGGAAAUAUUUUACCGUACUCACUGAAUUUAUAUUUAACCCAUAAAGUAAGGCACUGAAUAAAAUUGUGGCCUUUUACUCAAAAAUUAAUAAAAAUAAAGUAAAAAUACAUUGUUGUUCGGGAUCGUUGAAAGUUAUAUAUGUUAAUGUAAUCCUGUUUAGAAAUACUAAUUUUCCAAUAAAUGACACUAAUGUGAAGAAUGACAAUUUUUAAAUUAUUCUGAUUGUAAUUAUUACAUAAUAUAUUUUUUACUUAAAAUCUUUAAAACUAGUUUACGCCCAUUUAUGAAUUAAGCUACCACUGCGCAAUGAACCUCAUAUGCAUAUCACAUUUGUUAAUAAUUAUAUGUUAAUAUAUGUGUUGUGAUUAUU